GUGGUUGGAGGGUAAAGGUAGCCAGGGCUACAGCCACUUCUCCUUUCGAAGUAGGAAGUGAACCGUACGGAGUGUGAUUCAGUAUAAAAGAUUAAUCGUUGGCCGGGCAGAGAGAAGAUAUGAGGUUCUGCGCUCUGGUGUAAAGCGUGCCCCGUCAACUGCGAGUCCAGUGUGGAAACCGUCUGAAUGUACAGUAAUCCUGGCAACUACUGAGGAAAACGAGGCACAGGGAUGGAAAGGGACACAGAGACUUCAGGUCAGCAAGCAGGGCACCAGAUCGGAUUGCAAGACUCUGUGACCGGCAUGAGGCAGGAGGCUGGGAGUGCCCUCACUCCGUCAGAGGAACACGAGGGGAAAGAAGCCACUGAGGAGGUCUCCGCACUCGAAGGACUGGAGCGACGAUCUUUGGUCUACCUCCGAUCGCUCCCUUCUCUCAGCCAAGGGGAGAAGCAGAGGCGCUUGAUCGAUCUCCUACCUUUUUUCCUCCAGGCUUUUGCUGGUCGCUCUCGGUCUCGAUUGACGGUGGUCUUUCCAAGCAUUCUACCUUUUGCUACUGAAGUCUCCAAAAUGAUGGUGCAGAUAAUGAAGGAGAAACUUGCAAACAAGCCACAAGAGGAAGCGAGAUUUGUGGCCGAAGAGUUCCUCAAACAGCCUGGCAAUGUGGGGAGCAGUGAGGGCUGGCAGUUACUUCAAACCCUUCAUCUCUUGUCGACAGCUGACUCGGAAACCCUGCGAAGCAUGAUUGUGCUGGGGCUGCCUUUAAUUCUUCUUAAAUGUGUGCACCUUUUCUUCACUUUCCCGUCCGUAAGAGAGCCUGAAAAAGAGUCACACAGAGAGACCAUCGUAUUUCAAGAAACAUUUACCCACACACUGCUAAACCUGUGCAGUCAGGCAUUAGCUGUGGAGAUGAUGGUUCAAAGUAACGAGGUCGAGAGGUUUAUUAUGACCGUGUCCACCCUGUGGGACCAGAGCUGCCCGUCCUGGAGACACUUUGCCGGUUACACUCUGAAAGCCAUUUCAAGAACACCGACGAAAAAUACCGUCAAGUACUUACACGAGGUGGGAUGCGUGCGAGCGAGCAAUCGGGGCCUGUCUGAAAUGGUCGACAGGGGGUCGGUGUGCGAAGCAGUGGAGGCAGCCAUGAGCGUGCUUUGCUUCGUGAAGGAUUCCUAUCCCGUGUCUCCGAACCUGCUGGUCGAUUUCGAGUGUGCCGAUGGCUACCAACUGCUGACAAAACUGCUCCUCGGGUGCAACAAGGAGGUGACGAAGGAGGAGGGAAAGGCAGUGGAAGAGUUGGUGGAUUUUAUAAGCUCCCUCGCCAUCUGUGGGCAGAAGGAGUUGAAGGUUACUCCCGCACUUGCCGGCUCCCAGUUCCCGGACUUCAAGUUUGAGCAACCGAUCAAAUCAGAUUCAACAGUGAAGAACCUUCGUGCGUUCAAGGUCCUACAGUCGGUAUUCAUGAAAGCUCACUCCUCCUGCCUCUCCUCAACGAUCCUGAGCAGCAUGAGGAAAAUUUGGAGCUGGAACCGGGCCAAUUUCUUUCUGCUGGAGUGGACUCAGCAGACCCUCUUUCACUUUGCUGAGGUGAUAUACCUGAAGUCGCACCCGGUCCAGAUCCAGUACUUUGAGCUGCUCCGGAUGGUGAUCACCGAGCUGACCUACGUCCCGCACGACGUCUUCUCGAGGGUUCAGGUGAUCAUCCGCGAGCGGCUGAGCCCGGCCUGCGCUCUGCUGGCUCUGGAAUGCGUGCUAGACAUCGCCAGGCAUGACCAACUGUUCGCCGUGGUCUUCAGGGAAACCCGGCUCCUGGAAACUCUGCUCACGCAGCUCCAGAGGUUUGCCAAGAUCUUGAGGAAAGCAGGGAACAGCGUCCCUUCCACUGAGCUGGAGUGCCAGCGAGCCAUGUCCUGCCUGAUGCUGACAAUUGUGGCCACCAUGCUUCAGGACUCAUUGAAAAACGUAGUGAUUGUCAGGGAAUAUGGGAUGAUUCCCUACGUCAAGGUGUUCCUGGAUGACCAUUUCUACCGCGGUGCAUCGCUGGUGAUACUAGAGCAGUUGGCCAUCGUCAAUGCGGAGGAGUACAUGAGCAUCGUCUUGGGGGUCCUAUGCUCGGCCACCCAGGGGGAGGUGGACCUCAAACUGGACCUUCUUCGGUCCCUCUUAAACGUUCUGGAAAUUCCUAAGGGUCGGACCGCGUUCAGAACAGCUGGAGGAUUCAACGCAUUGCAGACUGUGUUGGCUGACAUGGAAGGAGCUUUGCAUGACCCUCCAUUAGGCAAUUGGGCCACAGUGGAGCAGGACAACAUAUGGGGCCUUGUGCACUUAACCCUCUGCACCCUGGCUGCUGCCAUGCACUCUGACCCGGUCAACGGCUACUUCUUCGCAACCCAGGGUCAGUUCGGCAAAAUGACAGAUGACCUGCGGGUUCUUGGUUGCUUUGGCAAUGCCCGGGGAGGGUGGGGGAGCACCGCGGAGGCGAGCGAGGGCAGGAAGCUGGGGGAGCUGCUGAGGGCAGCCUGUAGCUCGUCAAGUGAAAUGCCGCCAACGUUGAGGAGCUGCGUUAAAAUGUACGACCUCCUGGACAGAAUGGCCAAAGGCACCCUGAGCUACACCAGUUCUCACCGAAGCUCCAGGAAAUCUUCUCACCCGAACCCCGCAGAACACUGUGGCCAGGAGAGGGAGUCUGGCCGACCAGAGUGGACCGAUGAUUUGCCUGGCGGCGAAGAGGAGACGGCAGCACAAACAGUUGUUGCCGAUGCUGAAGACCGGUUUGCUGCCGGACCUGUUAUAAUUCACCCAGGUGCUAUUUGCGUCAUGGUGGACAUGCUGCCAUAUCUAUACUGUGGAGGAUGCCCUCAGCUGGUCUUGGAGUUCCAGUAUGCUGUGGCCGAUUACAUCCAAUCGCUGAUACGAUCAGACCAAAACCGUCAGGCCAUGUGUGGGUCUGGGCUGCUGGAUAUCCUGGUGAAUCGCUGUGAGGAAGCGCUGAGUGACAGCAACCAUUCGGUGCACUUACCUCUCAUACGGAUAUUUGAGAAGCUCACAUCCCAGGCCAUUCAACCAUUAACACUCAGGCUGUUCCUGCGCCUUGGAGAUCCACUGAAUUGUGCCCAUGGGAAAACCCAAAUGCAGGGUUCGUCUCUAACCGCCCAAUCUCUCGCUUCCAGUCAUAAAACUGGUUCAAAUGACACUGGGUUGAAGCAGGGGAGGUCUGGGAGCCGGAGGAACUCGCUGGUCAUAAAGAACAGGCCCAUGUCAUGUUACAGUUUACUGCGAGCACCGAAACGUGUAGCAGUCCCACAGCACCGCAUUGUCAGCCUGGUCUCCAUGAUGUCGUCUCGCAAUUUCCAGCCGUGUGACCUCUCCAUGGCUCCAUCCUUCUCAGAGUUCGACAUGUCCAUUGAAGGCUACGGGUGCUGCUUCUUACCCACCGUGGCCACAGUCAUCGGAAUAAACGUGGAAUCUCCGAUAGUUGGCGGGAUCGGGGCAGGCUGUCGGCCCUUUCCACCACCUGGCGGCUUCACUUACUCCAUAUGGUUUCUCGUCAACAAGUUCAGUUCUGCUUUCGACGCUCACCCCAUUCGCUGCUUGACGAUCAUCCGCCAUAUGUCCAAAAUGGAAAAGGACUUCAUUUGCCUGUCUAUCAGCAUUUCAGCCACAGACAAUUCCCUGGUUAUUUCCACACAGGAGGAGGUCUUUGAACCCUUGGAUUGGAAUGACCCAGAGAGGCUGCAGGUGUCUUCCGCACUGACCACUGUUGAAUUCAAGUGUUCCAAGUACCUCCUUGUUGGACAGUGGCAUCACUUAGCCGUGGCUGUGGGCAAAGACCCACGAAAGAACAGCAAUGUGAUUGCAUACUUGAAUGGAAAAGCCCUAGGGACAGCCAAGAUGCAGUACAUUCAGACUUUUCCGGGAUGCAGCCUGUCAAUGGAUCCAUCCACAGUCAUCGAUAUCCAUGGGGUUGUUGGCACCCCUCAGAUUUGGAAGCAAAGGUCCUCUCUGGUUUGGCGUCUGGGUCCCACUCACUUGCUCGAAGAAGUUAUCUCCCCGGAAAAUGUUGAAAUGGUUCAUCGCUUAGGACCAGAUUAUUUAGGAAACUUUCAGUCUGUAUUAAUGCCUGAUGACGGCGCGACUGGAGAACCGGUGCCUGUGACUGUUGUGGCAGAAGAAAAAGUUUCCUUCGGAAUCAACGCAGUGUCAUCAGUGGUAAUGACCGUAAUGGACAUCAGGGACAAUUACAAUGAAGUCGAUAGCCGGUUGAUAUCCAGUGAGUUGGGAAUUUCUUCUCGAGACAACGCGAUGCCCAUUAUUCUGGCCAAAAACACUGCGAGCCACCUCGCCGGGCCAUCCCGAACAAUCGGGGCUACCUUUGCCGGCUUUGGAGUAAGGAGGUUUGAGUCGAACCCGGCUGCCAACUGUUUGCAGUUUGUCGGAGGUCCUGCUGUGAUCCUGAGCCUUGUUGCUAUGGCAUCUGAUGACCAUGAAAUGUACGCAGCUGUUAAGGUCCUGGUUUCAGCCCUGAGUACCAGCAUACUGUGCCAACAAGAGAUGCAGCGCAUUAAAGGAUACAGGCUUCUCGCUCACCUGCUGAGGAGGAAGGCCCAUUUUCUAAACGCCCGGAUCUUUCAGCUCAUCUUGACUGUGGUCGGAACCAUAGAGUUAGGCCACGAGACAUCCAAAAUCCAGAACUGCGACGCCUUCAGAGAUCUCCUAUGUGAUUUCGAGAUUUGGCUGAAUGCUCCAGAAAGACUGGAUUUACUUCUGUUCAGACACUUUGUGGACCUUCUGCAGUGCAGGAACAGUGGUGCCAAUGCCAAGGUCAUGCACAGGCUGAAGUUGGCACCGAAACUCAUCUUCCUCCUGAACGACCCACUGAUAACCAGGUCAAAGGUUGACGUCAUAUGCACCAUCCUAACCAAUUUGCUGAAGGGUUACUUGAACACGACAGAUAUUCUCAGGAUUGGAUUAUUCCUUGCUUACACCUUGCCUCCAGCUUCCAUGAAUGAAAAAUUAAUUUCACUGGAAAGGAUUUCUGAUACCUCAAUAGACGUUAUAAAUCAGGUGUCAGGAAGAGCGAUAUGGUUAAGGAACAAGUUGCUCAAGGUGCUGUUUGAUAUCGUACCAUCAGAUCCUCUCAGUUCAAAAGAUCAGGAAAAUCUGUUUUUGUCUCUGGGAUCAGACUGGUUCCUGCUGUUUCUACAAGUCAACCUUCACCCUGCCACUGUCAUCCUGGGCUCCAAACUACUGCUCCACUUUCUCUGCAAUCCAGCACUGUUAGCCAAGUUCAGAGACAGCAUGGCAGCCAAUGCUUGGCUGGAAAACAGUGCAGCCGAAUGCAACGUUUUAAUGGAUAAUUUAAAAUCGAGGCCACAGGCUCCCAGCCAGAGCUCGGGUUUGAUCCCUGGAUUGGAAAUGGUGCAGAUGUUUCUGAGCCAUCACAUCGAUAUACCCUGUCUCUAUGCGCUGCUCGCAGCUCUCUUCUUACGCAAGUCCCUUGACGAAGUGCCAGUGGACUCUAAGUCCAGCCUAAAAGCGAUGUUGACCGAACUGAUGGAGAGCGCCAGGUUGGGCAAACACGAGGGCCCUGUGACCAGCCAGGCUCAGGCAGGCCUGUGCAUAGAAGCAGCCUUGGUCCUGCUGGCGAUGGUGAGGACCAUCUUAAGCGAGCCCAUCGCAGGUGCUGAUAGUUCCUGGGAGCUGAGCUACCCAGGCGAUGUCAUGCAUUUCUUCUGCUUUGUUUACUACAACGAUCCCAAAGAGCCUCUGUGGACAUCAGCAGAGUUUGUGCAGUCCCUGGCAGCGACUUGUUUCCCCACCGCCAGCUCACUACACCACAAGGUGGACGUUCAAGUUCUCAUGGCACCAUUGCAGAAGAGAAGGGAGUUUCACCCGGUGACCUCGAGAGGACCCGGAUUUAAUUCCCAGGCUAGGUCAGCGGUCUGCCUUCAGGACAGUGGGGCUGUGUCAGUUGAGACGUGCGAUGCUGGAGAGAUGAGGACCCAUCCAGCCAGGAAGCAGGUCUCGGACUUUAUACGUGUCCUUCUUCUGGACAGCCUCGUGACGGUCCCUGCCAGCAAACAUCUGCAUCCUGUUGAUCUUCUGGUGGAGGCUUCACCACAGAGUGCUACGGGCGAUCAGAGGAAGAGAUUCCAGACUCAGAUUCUGCUGUUCAUCAUGGACAUCUUUCACGCCAUCGACGAGGAUGAAAACAUUCUCAAAGUCCUGACAGAUGUCGGUCCUGGGGUCUCGCAGAACGCCAGCGAGGGAAGGCUGACCACAAUGUUUGGAAAUCUUUCCUAUUUCAGCCAGAAGCUUGUCGAUAAACUCUACACUAAGAUGUUAAUAGUGGACACCGGCAAAGUCUUGGGCUUUCUGACUGACCGCAUUAUUAUGGUGAUGGACCAGACACAUCCGCAGAAGGAUCAAGUCAUGAACAGCCUUUACAGCAGCUUAAACAGAGGCAUCCUACACUGCCUGUCAAAACCCAGGCAGUCACCUUCUGACCUACUGGCCCUGCUCAGCACUCUCAACUUCCUACACAAGCAAUGGGACGUCAUAUUUGCCACGUUCAACUCCAACAUGGCUUUCAACGUCUGCCUCAUCCAUUGCCUUUCUCACAUCAAGUCUGGGAGGUACCCCGACGGCUUUGGAUUGGACAGUAGCUGCAAAAGAGCCCCCUGGAGUUUACAGGCCUCAUCAACCGGUGAAGAUUACGAUGGAUUCUUCGAAGCAAUCUCCAACCAAGACGUUCAAAAAGAAAUUGUGACCACUGUGGAUUCUGUAUGGAAUCGCCUGCUAUCUCAGCGAAGACACUUACUGGAAGACAGCUACAAGAUUGACCUGUCAGUAAAACAGGGAUCUAAAGAGAACAUUGUCACCAUUUCCGAGAUUUCUCCUCUGUGGGAAGAAUUGGCAACAAAGUCUUGGCAGCAAUAUAUCACUUCAGAGAAGAAGAACAUGCCCAGUAAACCUGUGACCUCUCAGUCACUGCAGAGUAAGUCAGACUGGCUGACCGGCAGCCUGUCCACAGCUGUGAGAUCCGUCGGCAAAAGACUAAUGAAAGAGACCGACACGCUCACUACCGAGGAGGUAACUGUGAGCCUGAAUGUGCAAAGGACAAUUGGACAAGACAUGUUUGCCAGCCUCCACAAGGAAUAUCUACAGAUGCAGCAAUGCAUUCAGAACCAGGCUUGGAAAGACUGGGAGAAGACAGAACAACAGCUGCUUCGGGAGCGAGGAUUAUGGGGUCCUUUAUCAGGGUCACAGCAGGACGCAGCGUGGAUCCUGGACAUGGCUGAAGGCCCCAGUCGAAUGAGGAAGAAGAUGAGACCAAACACAUUUUACAUCAAUUAUGCUUAUGAUGCGUGUCGAAAUCGAGAGACAGAGAGCGCAGUCAUGAAGAAGCACGCAGUGGGUUCUGGGAACGAUGAUUUCUACAGGAGGCCCCACGAGGCUGAAGAACAUUUAGCUGAGAAUCGGGAGAAGCAGGCAAGCGCAGGAUACAGCAUGAAUCUAAUAGAAGAAAAUAUCGAUGAAAGAGGAAUAGAUUGCAACGAGCUAACCUUUUUCCCAGCCCUGAUCGACAGUCUUCAGUCUGAGGAAUUCUUCGAGCAGUGUAAAGAGAGGCAAAUUAUUCUCCAGCUUUUAGACGAGAGAGAGAAGGUCAACAUGAAAUGUUCCCUGAUCGUUGUGGAAAGCCAGUCUCUGGUGGAAGGUGUCCUGCUCUUUGGUCGAGAUCAUUUCUACGUCGGCGAGAAUUUCACACUUUCAACAUCGGGCGACUUGUACUGCGUCAAUCAUCAUCCAUCGAGCGUUGACGAUUCCUACAUUUAUGACAUGUGCAAGAAGGAAAUGAAUGGGGCGAUUCCAAAGUGUUCCAGGUAUCCGUACGGAGACGUUAUGGAAAUCCGCAAUCUGCGUUUCCUUCUUCAGGACAUUGCGCUUGAAAUCAUUUUGAAGAAUGGUUUUUCAAAGCUUCUCGUAUUCCAUAAGAAAGAUCGAAAAAAGGCCUUUAAAAAGUUUAGCCACGCGAUGCCAUCGUUGAAAAAGGGGUUAAAGGAAUCCACAAAGACUGUUAGUGGAUCUCUGAAUCCCAUGGUGGGAAACAAAGGAAUUACCCAGAAAUGGCAGAAACGGGAGAUCAACAAUUUCCAGUACCUCAUGCAUCUCAACACUUUGGCUGGCCGGACGUACAAUGAUCUUAUGCAGUACCCCAUCUUUCCCUGGAUUAUCGCAGAUUACAUCUCGGAGGUCUUGGAUCUGUCAAACCCAAGGACAUUUCGAGACCUUUCGAAGCCGAUGGGCGCCCAAACCGAGGAAAGAAAGGCAAAGUUUAUCAAGCGCUACCACGAGGUGGAUCAUGAUGAAGAACUGUCGGCGCGAUGCCAUUACUGCACUCAUUACUCUUCCGCGAUAAUCGUCGCUUCUUACUUGGUCCGAAUGGAGCCAUUCACUCAGACCUUCUGCUCACUGCAGGGAGGGACCUUCGACGUGGCCGACCGCAUGUUCUUCAGCGUCAAGAAAGAAUGGGAAUCGGCUUCAAGAGACAACAUGAGCGACGUGCGGGAACUGACCCCGGAGUUCUACUACCUGCCCGAGUUCCUCCUCAAUCUGAACAACGUGGAGUUUGGCUCCAUGCAAGACGGCACCACUCUGGGAGAUGUGCUGCUUCCUCCGUGGGCUAAAGGAGAUGCUCGAGAGUUCGUCCGUCUGAAUCGCGAGGCACUAGAGAGUGACUAUGUCAGCGCACGACUUCAUUACUGGAUUGACCUGAUCUUCGGUUACAAGCAACAGGGCUCUGCUGCAGUGGACGCAGCCAACGUGUUCCACCCUUACUUUUACGGUGACCAGGCUGACAUCAGCAAUAUCAAUGAUCCUUUGAAAAAGAGCACAGUCAUUGGCUUUGUCAGUAACUUUGGGCAGAUUCCAAAACAGCUUUUCAGUAAGGCUCACCCUGCACGCACUGUCCAGGGAAAGCAUUCAUCGGGCAAGGAGUCAGUUUCCUCUCUUGCCUCUUCCCAGCCCUUUUUCCACCAGCUGGAAAACCUGAAGGUCUCGCCUCUUCCAGUGAAAGAGGUGACUAAGGGUGCUGUCGGGCAGAUCGUGUGCAGUGAGAAAAGCAUGCUCGCUGUGGAGGAGAAUAAAUUAUUGCUGCCGCAUGACUGGACCAAGACCUUUUCCUGGGGCCACAAUGAUUUCACCUGUUGUCUGGGCAACUACGGAUCUGACAAGGUUAUCGCCACCUUUGGGAGUCUGGCAGCCUGGGGACAGUGUCUGUGUGCCACAUGCCCAGAUCCCACAACCAUUCUCACCGGAGGCACGAACACCGUGGUGUGCGUGUGGGAAAUUCCCUCGGUCAAGGAUAAAGUGAAACGCCUGAGGCUGAUGGAGGUGCUUUAUGGGCACACAGAGGCUGUCACUUGCCUGGCAGCAUCGCCCGCCUACCACGUGGCGGUCAGCGGAUCACGGGACAGGACCUGCAUCGUGUGGGACCUGAACACGCUGAGAUACAACACCCAGCUUCCGGGGCACGAAGGGCCUCUUUGUGCCGUCGCCAUCAACAAUUCCACCGGUGACAUUGCCUCGUGCACGGGAACCUCCCUCCACCUCUGGAGCAUCAACGGGCAGCCGUUGGCCAGCAUCUGCCCGGGCCAGGAGCCUGUGGCGGAAAUCCGGUGCCUCUGUUUCACCGAACUGAACGAGUGGGACCCUCGCAACGUUAUCGUAACGGGCUGUGUCGACGGCGUGCUGCGUCUGUGGAGGACAGAGUACGGAAAGACCCCAGAGAUGCAAGCGAACCACAGCAACGGAGACCCUGCCUCGAAACAGCGCCUGGCAUCAGCCUCAGACAUCAAUGCGGGAGGCAAAUGGGAAAAAAGGCUCGUCUUGUGUCGACGCCUCGACAGAAACGCUGCCCUUUCUGGCAGAGCGAACAAGACAAAGUCUGCCAUCACUGCAGUGGCUGUAUCCAGAAAUCACUCAAAACUAUUUGCCGGUGAUUCAUUGGGAAGAAUCUACAGUUGGUCUUUUGAAGGGUAAGAUAAUAACUGGUAGUGAGAGAUUGAUGGUGAUGGAGUCCAUUAUGACGCAAAGGGCCUCCAGUGAAGGAUAUAUUGAUUGACGAUACACCUGCUCAGAGGAUCUGCAGUUACUAUUAUAUUUACAUGUCACACAGCCCCUCUACUGCACCACUAUCUCCUAGACGUCUGGCAAUCUGUCUCCACCUUCGGGCAACUGAUUUGUGAACUGCUUUUCAAGGGGCGUCAUUUUUAUAACUGUUCAAUGGAAAAGAGAGAAUUAAAACAUUUUAACUUUCAAA